AUGCCACGUUUGGGAAGGGAAGCCACUCAGGAUGAGCUUCUUUACGAUGGUCGGUGGACCAAAGAAGUCGAUAACCUGUUCAUAGACCUCCUUUCGGAGGCACAUGUUGCUGGUGAAUGGAGACAGGGCAGAUCAGACACUUAUGUCUUCCUUUACUGCCGUGGUGUUUUGGUUGCAGAUGUCGGUGCAACCUUCAUUAUGAAUGAACUCCAGGAACGGUUCGAUUUCCUUCACAAACGGUUCUGCGUUUUUGGUUGGAUGCUACGAAAACAUGGGCUACGCCACUGCAUACAGUCCAACGUCCUGACCGCUCCAGUAGCAGUGUGGAAUGAUAUCUUCGAGGGACCCCCGUUGGGCGGACAUACAAUACUUGUUCACAGAGGUCUACGAAGCCACAUCGGACGCAGCGGUGGUGUUGGACCAAAAUUCCACCAAGAAAAUGAUUUAGCGAGGCUAACUGAACAAUCGUACGUAUUCUUGCUUUCUUCACUCACCAAUGCAUCAUUAAAUAGUUCAAUCGGAAACAAUGGUAUUCUGCAAAGAUUUUUCCGAGAACGUGACGCUUCAUCAGAAGCCAAAUUAAAUAAAUGA